AUGGGAGUGACGAUCUACAAUGAAGUCAUGGAUUAUCUUACUAAAAAUGGCAUUAAUCCCCUCAACCUCAUAUCAAUAUGCACUGACGGAGCACCGUCUAUGAUUGGCAAAUCCCAGGGUUUUGUUGCCAGAUGGAUAGAAUUUAAUCCCAUCUUCACAAUUCAUUGUGUUCUCCAUCGAGAAAACCUGAUAGCAAAAAGAACUGGAAAUAAUAUAUUUUCUGAAACCCUAGACUUAAUUGCUUUUGCAGUAAGAAAAAUCAAAAGAUCUGCUCAUCAAGAAGCUUGUAAAGAUGAAACGUUCGACAUUCUGUUGUAUUCGACAGAUAUACGCUGGCUAUCAAUCGGAAAUUGUCUCGGACGUUUUGUGGCACUUUUCGAUAAAGUCAUAGAGUUCCUUCAACAGACUGAUCCAACUAUGACAGCUUCACUUUCUCAGAAAAAACCUGAGUUUUUUAUUUACAUGAAAUCUUUCAAAAACUUAAUGAUCUCAAUAUUUCUUUACAAAAGCAAAACAUCAACAUUGUAUGAGCCAGGCACUUGA